AUGUCGAAAGUUCAGGUAGCCGUUCGUGUUCGACCCUUUAAUAAGAGAGAGCUAGGCCUCGAUCCGGUGAGCGUUGUUGAUAUGGAAAGCAAUCAAACUUUAUUGCAGACAGAAGGUGAAGUAGAAUGCCCCCCCUACUUAAAUAAGCUACUUUGGAUAUUUGCUUUCGAUUAUUGCUUUUGGUCCAUGGAUCCAGAUCAGGAAAAUAAAUUUUCUAGCCAAGAAGUUGUAUUCGAUUCUCUUGGUAUUGGCGUGCUAGAAAAUGCAUUUGCUGGAUACAAUGCUUGUAUAUUCGCGUAUGGGCAAACAGGAUCUGGUAAAUCAUAUACUAUGAUGGGAACAGAUACAGAUAGAGGUAUCAUACCCAGGCUGUGCGAUCGAUUAUUCGAAAUGAUAUCACAGAACGAAAAAGAUGACUACACUUACAAAGUUGAAGUAUCAUAUAUGGAAAUUUACAAUGAAAAAGUUCGUGACUUAUUAAAUCCUGCGAAUCACAAAAAGCCUCUCAAAGUUCGAGAACAUAAAAUUUUAGGCCCUUAUGUUGAAAAUUUAUCGAAACUAGCAGUAUCUUCUUUUCAGGACAUAGAAAACCUUAUGAUUGAAGGAAAUAAAUCAAGAACUGUAGCAGCGACUAACAUGAAUGCAGAAUCAAGUCGUUCACAUGCUGUGUUUAACCUAAUUCUAACCCAAAUAAUAUGUGAUGAAGCUACUGGGGCUUCCGGAGAAAAAGUCAGUAAAGUGAGUUUGGUAGAUUUGGCUGGAAGCGAACGAGCAACCAAAACUGGCGCAGCUGGUGACCGGUUAAAGGAAGGCAGUAAUAUUAACAAAUCAUUAACCACUUUGGGCUUGGUUAUAUCCGCUUUAGCGGAUGUGGAGGGCAAACGUGAAGGAGGAAAGAAGAAGCCAUUCAUACCUUAUCGUGAUUCUGUACUUACAUGGUUACUAAAGGACAAUUUGGGUGGCAAUAGUAAAACUGUUAUGGUAGCAACGCUUAGCCCAGCGUUGGAUAAUUAUGAUGAAACAUUAUCUACGUUAAGAUACGCCGAUCGUGCAAAACGUAUCGUUAAUCAUGCCGUGGUUAACGAGGAUCCAAAUGCAAAGAUUAUACGUGAGUUGCGCGAAGAAGUUGAACGACUAAAAAGUCAAUUGCGCGGCACAGGUCUACCAGGACCUGGUAAAAAGUUAGCAGAAAGCGAGACUUUAAUGAAAGAAAUGUCAUUGACUUGGGAGCAAAAACUCAAAAAUACAGAAAGAAUACAUCAGGAAAGACAAGAAGUUCUACAAAACUUGGGCAUAUCUGUUCAAUCGUCUGGUAUAGCACUGGAACAUGGCAAAUUUUACUUGGUAAACCUUAACGCUGAUCCCUCAUUAAAUCAACUGUUGGUCUAUUAUUUAAAAGAAGUAACUGCAGUUGGAAACUCAAACUCUAGUGAUAUACAGUUAAACGGCUUAGGAAUACAACCAGAGCACUGUAUACUAAACGUUAAAGAAGGCGAUGUAUAUGUAAAGCCAUUUCCUAAUGCUAAAACUUACGUAAAUGGUAAGAUAGUCAAUGAGGAAAUGCUCUUAUAUAAUGGCGAUCGCAUUGUUUGGGGAAAUAAUCACUUCUUUAAACUUAAUUGUACAAGACAACGUCGCGGUAACAACGUAGACUUGAACAUAGUAGACUAUCAUUUUGCGCAAAAGGAAGUAUUUAAGGAGGAAUUAAGCGUAGAUCCAGUCCAAAACGUGAUUAAGGAAAUUGAACAAAAGUAUCAUGAAGAGAAACAAGGUGCUUUACAGAAGCAGAAGGAAAUGUACGAACAGCAGUUAGAACAAUUGCGGAAUCAAAUGGCCUCUUCAACGCCUAAAAAUGAAAAGCACGAAGUAAAGGUCACCGAUGACUCUAAGGAAAAUGAUAAUGAAGUACAGCGCACAGAAAACACAGAUGUUACUUAUGACGAACAACGAACUAAUAAUGGUAACAUUCUCAAUCAAGAUAAUGAUGGUUACGAAAGGGCAGAGGUGUACGAUGACGAAAAUUAUAACGAAGAAUCUCAACGGGACUGGGACGAAGAUAGCGAUUUCGCUUUUGAGCAAAGACUUAUGAAAUUGCAAGAUGAACUUCUUGAAGCUAAGGCACUAGCAAGGGAAGCUAAUACGCUUAGCGAAGAAUUAAACAAGGGAACUGAAUUUCAAGUUACUCUACAAAUACCUACAGCAAGUCUUACCCCGAAUAAAGAAAGAGAUGUUCUCGGUUGUGAAGUUUCAAUUAUAGUUAGAAAUAAGAGGAGAGGAACACAAACUUGGACCGUCGAAAAACUGGCUAAUAAAAUAUUUGAUAUGAGAGAGCUUUAUGAAAUCGUUAACGAAGGUCAGCCUGGAAAGGUACAGUGUGCGCUGGAAUUCUAUCAGAAUACUUACCAAGGUAGUGACCCAUUUUAUGAACUAGAAAGUCACUCUCUGAUCGGUGUAGCAAACGUGUUUUUGGAAUGCUUACAUCACAAUGUUAAGCUUGACUAUUCUGCACCUAUAAUCAGUCAACAAGGCGAGGUUGUCGGGCAUUUAGCUAUUGAAAUCAAUAGAAUUGAAGGAGACAUAAAAAUUAAAUCAGCCUCGGGGCUGCCAUCCACUAUGUCAAACUAUGUAUUUUGUCAAUAUACUUUCUGGGAUAAAUCUGGCACUGUUGUGCCUCCAAACAAUCCGAUGCAAUCUACCGCAGGAAGGACUAGUGAUGUUGCAUUCAAUAACACUCAGGUUUUCACGGUCGAAGUGAGCGAUGAUUUCUUGGAUUAUUGUUCUGACUGCUCCCUAGCAAUAGAAGUGUGGGGUCAUCGCAGUACGGGUUUCCUUAGUGGAUUGUCAAAUGAAUUAGCGGAUCAAGUUGAACAGCAUAAGCCGAAGACGUUGAAGGAAAAGUGGUAUGAUUACAUACAUCAAGUCGAAUUAUGGGUUGAGAUUUUAGAAAUUAAUGAUGACGGUGAAUACGUCCCGGUUGAAGUACUUCCUCGAUCCGAUAACUUAAGCGGAGGAAUUUUUCAAUUGCGGCAAGGCUUCGCAAGGCGUAUGUUCGUAAAAGUGAAAACUGUUAAAGACAGUGGUGGCCUACCGUUGGCUAUUGAGUCUAUAAAGUCAGUAAGUUUGGGUAGUAUCUGUUCGAGGUCAAAGUUGCAAAAGAGUAUGGACAGCUUUCAAGACAAAGAUCUUGUUAGACUUAGGGAAAAGUGGACAGCUGGUUUGAUGAAGAAACGAGAGUACCUUGAUGAACAAAUACAUGCGCUAAUUGGCGUAAAAGGUAAUAAUACAAAAUAA